GAGGAUUGGUUUGUGUUGCUUGACUUGUUGUUUCAGAGAUACCCCUUGUGUUUUGAUCGUUUCCCUUUGAGAAUGCCUAUUCUCCGCUUGAAUGCGGCUUCUGGCGCGAGGUUGCGUCUGGCCACUGCCAGACUGAGCACUCGUCGUCCUGCUCUUAGAGCCACCGUCGCUGCUUCCCAGAAAAUCCUCCGUCCCCGUCUUUACACAACUUCGACACCCCUACGAAAUGCCUCCUCCCCCGAUGUCUUCCCCUCGCUGCUCGAACAGCCCGGUAUCUCCGACUACCUCAAUGCUCAAGAACCUGUCGCUGUUCCCCAAACCUUGACCGAGAAGAUUGUUCAGCGCUACAGUCUGGGUCUCGCCGAAGACAAGUUCGUCCAGUCUGGCGACUAUGUCACCCUCUCUCCUCAACAAUGCAUGACCCACGAUAACUCAUGGCCCGUCGCAACAAAGUUCAUGUCCAUUGGAGCCACCAAGAUCCACGACCCCAAGCAGAUUGUCAUGACCCUCGAUCACGAUGUCCAGAACAAGACGGAAAAGAACCUACAAAAGUACCGCCAGAUUGAGAACUUCGCAAAGGAUCAGGGUGUUGACUUCUACCCUGCUGGCCGUGGUAUCGGUCAUCAGAUCAUGGUCGAGGAGGGCUACGCCUGGCCUGGCACUCUCUGCGUUGCUUCCGACUCGCACACCAACAUGUACGGUGGUAUCGGCUGUCUUGGAACUCCCGUCGUCCGCACUGAUGCUGCCUCUAUCUGGGCCACCGGUCGUACUUGGUGGCAGAUCCCCCCAAUUGCCAAGGUCACUCUCAAGGGUAUGCUCCCUCCUGGUGUUACUGGUAAGGAUGUCAUUGUCGCUCUGGCUGGUCUCUUCAACAAUGAUGAGGUCCUGAACCACGCCAUUGAGUUCACUGGUUCUGCCGAUACCAUGCACUCUCUCCCUGUCGAUGACCGUCUUGCCAUUGCCAACAUGACUACCGAGUGGGGUGCUCUUUCUGGUCUCUUCCCCAUCGAUGGUGUUCUCCAGGGAUGGUUGCGUGCAAAGGCUACCGAGGCUUCUCUUUACGAGGACGCUGCCCUGACUUCCUCCAAGACUUCCACCCGCUUCAACCACCAAAGACUCGAUGAGCUGUUCGAGAAGCCCCUGACUGCUGACAAGAACGCCAAGUACGCAAAAGAGCUCUUCCUCGACCUGGAGUCUCUUUGCCCUUACGUCUCCGGCCCCAACAGUGUCAAGGUUGCCACUCCCUUGAACGAGCUCAACGCACAAGACAUCAAGGUCAACAAGGCCUACCUCGUCUCUUGCACUAACAGUCGUCGUUCUGAUAUUGCUGCUGCUGCCAAGGUCUUCAAGGAUGCUGCCGAGGCCAACAACGGUGUCAUUCCCAAGAUUCCUUCCCACGUCAACUUCUACAUUGCUGCCGCCUCCCUGCCCGAACAGCGUGCUGCCGAGGAGCAGGGUGACUGGCAGACUCUCCUCGAUGCUGGUGCACAGGCUCUGCCCUCUGGAUGUGGCCCUUGUAUCGGUCUUGGUACGGGUCUUCUUGAGCCAGGUGAGGUCGGUAUCAGUGCCUCCAACCGUAACUUCAAGGGUCGUAUGGGUAGCACAGACGCAAAGGCCUACCUCGCCAGUCCCGAAGUCGUCGCUGCCUCUGCUCUUCAAGGUAAGAUCGCUGGUCCCGGCACAUACCAGAAGCCCGAAGGCUGGAACGGUGUCAUCCGUGGUGAAGGCGAUGGUAUCCCUGAAGAGCAACGCAUGAUCAGCAUCGAAGACGCUCUAGACAUGCUUGUCCGUCAAGCCGAAGAAGCCGUCGAGUCUGGCGAAAAGGCUCUCGGUGCAACCGAUGACGCCGCUCCUUCCGCUGACGAGAAGCUCACCGACAUUCUCCCCGGCUUCCCCGAAAAGGUCACUGGUGAGAUCGUCUGGUGCAACGGCGACAACAUCAAUACGGAUGGUAUCUAUCCCGGAAAAUACACAUACGACGAUGCCUUCUCAUCGUCGCCCGACCGCAUGGCCACCGUCGUCAUGGAGAACUACGACACCGAGUUCGCUUCCAUCGCAAAACAAGGCGAUAUCCUCGUUGCAGGCUUCAACUUUGGCUGUGGCUCUUCCCGCGAGCAGGCCGCUACUGCAAUCCUCGCCAAGAAGAUCCCCAUGGUCGUCGCCGGCAGUUUCGGAAACAUCUUCUCCAGAAACUCUAUCAACAACGCUUUGAUGGGUGUUGAAGUCCCCAGACUUAUUCAACGUCUUCGCGAGACAUUCGACACACCCCAGGCUGUUGAGGGUGUCAAGCCUAUCACCGAGCCCAGCAACAACGCACAAUCCCUCGAUACACCACCGCCGGCACCCACCUCUGUCCCUAGCCAAGAAAAGAAGCUUACAAGGAGGACGGGCUGGACCUUCACUUGGGACGUUAGACGUAGCCAAGUCAUUGUCCAAGAGGGACCCAACGGCAAGAGCUGGAGCCAAAAGGUCGGAGAGUUGCCGCCCAACGUACAGGACAUCAUUGCCAGAGGUGGCCUUGAGAAGUGGGUUGGUAAGGAACUGGCUGCUUCUUCCAAGAUCUAGAGUAAUGCUACAAAUGGCCGAGUUGUAUCGAGUGAUGUAAAGGGUGUAUAAGAUGGGUCAUAUGGCGUUUCUAGGUUUGCCAGAUAUAUGAGAACGUUUACAUGAUUGUUGAAUUACAAACCAUCCCAA